AUAAUUUGAGGCACCAUGUAUUUUAUAGAUGACAAACGCGAAGCUCGGAACAGUGACCGGCGUAGAGAGGAAAUUGAACGCGAAAAGGAGUCUAAACGGGAAUCGCGAGCAACUGUGAAGGAGCGCACGAAGGAAGAGAUCAGAAGCAAAGACAGAUCACCUCGAGAACGAUCACACAGGGAGGAACGUUACCUGGAGACCGUAUCCCCUCCGCAUGAGCAUCGUCACCCCUCUUCCGAUGACGUUGAGCGAGAUGUGAAGCGUCGUAAAGUAGAAAACAGCGGCAAUGGCAAGGGUAGCAAAGAAAUAGAGGAACGUUCGCCUGAAAAAGAAAAGCGGAAAGCUAAAGUCCGAGGAGAUGAACGUAAAGAGCGUAAGAUGAGCCGAAAGAGGGUGAGUAUUCACGCAAUUGCUUUGAUAAAUAUGUAUUGUAUAGAUUACGACGGUUUCCGGCCGCUCGUUCAAAACAUUUUGUGAUUUUAUACAUGUCUGACUCAUUUAUUUUACACCUGUUGUAAACAAAUAUUUAACUUGACUAA